CAAUCAGACGAGGACGAAGGGGCUGCGGAGAAGUUGGCGCUCGAGACAGGAACGAAUCUGUUCCCGUUUAAUCAGUGCUUGAAUCAUGGAAACAUUCCGGAUGUUGGAAACAUCACAAGCGUUUUUGGGUAAUGAAGAAACGUUCACAUCUCGACGCUGGGAGAAUAUUAAUGAAUAAACGGCAACGUGAUUUUUUUUUAAAGGAAAAUUGAAAGAAAUAAUCUCUACAGUAUAAAUGCAACGUGUGUUUAUACGCUCAAAACCACCAGAAUUUUUAAGAGGCGUUUUCAUCUUUUCUGUCAGUGUGUUUUCUUCCUGUUUCCUGUUUGUUUUCGGAGUCUCGAGCUGGUGCGCUUCUCCUCCUCCUGAUGUUCAGCUUGCUCUGGGAGGGUCAUGCUGUGGCCAGCUGCCUUUCUCUCGCUGUCAUGCUUCUUCUGCACAUCUCGGACGUGUGCAUGUCAGAGUCCCACCGAGCAGAAUGCCCAGAGAGUUGCUUCUGUUUGGAGAGCGUCGACGGUGGGCUGGCGGUCCGUUGUAGUGACAUGAACUUAAUUGCGGUGCCGCAUGGCCUUCCGAACAACACGCGAAAUCUAUACCUAGACAACAACCUGCUUCUUACCAUCCCGUCUGAUUCAUUUAUAGGGCUCCCGCUGCUGUUCAAACUAGAUCUUUCCCACAACAGAUUGGUCCGUAUAGAUCCUGGAGCCUUUCGAGACCAAGCAGACUCUUUAAGCAGCCUGGACCUUUCUUUUAACCUGCUGGAGACACUGGACCCCGAGGCGUUUGGCGACCUAAGAGCUCAGACUAACCUCUCUCAUAACCCCUGGCUGUGUGACUGCCGUCUGCAGCUGGCUAUGCCACAGCUGCUCUUAGAUCCCUCCUCCCUCGCUGAGGUGGUGUGCAACACCUCUGAACCCGAGGAGCUGGCAGCUCAAGGUAUGCCCUUCAUCCUGGUCGCGACUGAUCUCGACUUCUGCGCCACACUGCAGAGGACCACUGACUUUGCUAUGCUAAUAACAAUGUUUGGCUGGUUUACAAUGGUUAUAUCCUAUUUAGUUUACUAUGUAAGGCACAACCAAGAAGAUGCUAUUCGCCAUCUAGAGUAUCUCAAGUCUCUCCCAAACAUGCAGGGCAGAUCUGGGGAGGCUCUGACACGUAGCACCUGGCUGUAAACGUUAAUAAGAAAUAAUACUGAUACAACUACUGAUAAGAUGAAAAAUAAAUAUUCUUACAUUACUGACAGAAUUUACAUUUUUUGGUGAACCAUCUCUUUACUGUACAAUGUUUCAAAGGCCUAUUGUUUCCUAUUGUUUCAAAGACCUAUAAUGCUUGGAUUUGUCAUUUGUUUUUUUGCUUUUUAGUUUAUAUUUGUUGGCUUACUGAGUGAUCUGUAAGUUCUUAAUUUGGACAUUUUUUUUAUACACUUCUAUGUUCUCUUCUAUAAAAAAUAUUCAAGACUCACCAUGCACUACACAGAUAUUAUAAACUCUCAAGAAAAAAGUGUGCCACUGAAUAGCGGUAGCAGCUAGCAAAAUCAUAGUUUAUGGCUUCUGCUGAAAAAUGAAGGUCUCUGAUAUCCUGACAACCAUAAUAAAAGAAAAGAGUUUAUAGUAAAA